CAGAAGUGAAAGCUUGGAAAAAAUAUUUUUCAGAAACAAUUCAGUUGUUAAAGAAGAAGCAAAGAAAAGGCGGUUAUAUACUUAUUACAGAUAAUCAAAAUAUAAAAAAGUGACAUAACAAUCUUCAAACUGAUGAAUAUAAAGGCCUAAAGGUUCUGAUUAAGAUGGGACUAAUAAUACUAUUCCGAUUCCAAGGUGUCCAGAAAGUUUUUUCUGUUUCGGUAUAGUAUCACUGAUAUAUUCUGCAACAAAACAAUAGUAAUAAAGAUUCUCCAAACCCUAUUUCACUAACUAUUCAUUAAUCACAAAUUCAUCACCAUCAAGAAAGAAAAACGACGAAAGUGAAAUUAAUUAAGAGGGUGCAACUGAAGUAGCUAGCACAAACCAGAUCCAAAUUUAAAGCUUCUUCUUACUAGAGAAUGAAGUAGUAGUUGAGAUAGAUGUGAAGAAUAUGAAAAGUUUUGAAGAUGAUUCCUUUUUUUGCAGGGAAUCAAGAAGGAGAUGGCAUCAUCAAGCUCGUACAAUUCACCUUGCGCUGCCUGCAAAUUCUUGAGGAGGAAGUGCAUGCCAGGGUGUAUCUUUGCGCCUUAUUUUCCACCCGAAGAGCCUCAAAAGUUUGCAAACGUGCACAAGAUCUUCGGUGCAAGCAAUGUUACCAAGCUCCUCAACGAGCUUCUGCCUCAUCAAAGGGAGGAUGCGGUCAACUCCCUCGCUUAUGAGGCAGAAGCUCGCGUGAGAGAUCCUGUUUACGGCUGCGUUGGCGCCAUAUCAUUCCUCCAAAGACAAGUCCAAAGACUUCAGAAAGAACUUGAUGCCGCCAACGCCGAUCUUCUCCGCUAUUCCUUUACUGACAUCGCUCCGACGCCGGCUCUUUCUAUGCCUCCCGGACUAACCAAUGCUACUUCCCUUCAACAAAUUCCCCAAAGGUUUGGGGCAAGAUUUGAUAACGAAGGAAGUGGAUUCUAUAACAAUAAUCGCCAAUAUUCACCUAAUAUUUAUUCUUACCCUUACUCUCUUCCCUGGACCGAUACCUCUUCCAAGGAUAUCAGCGAUGGGGGCGGGUUAGGUGACGGCGAUGGGAGAGGAGGUAAUUUGUGAAUUAAGUUUGCAGUAUAAUACCCUUCCAUCAAGGGUUUAUACUUUUUGAGGCAUGGUCUAAAAUGUUUCUUAUGGUAUAAUAAUAUUUUAUAAUGUCUAUUAUGGUUAUUAUUACUCUACGUAGGCUUGGUUGUUGAAGGUUCUAGUGUUUUUUAUUCUCUUAAUAAAUUUUAUCUGGUGGGAUUUUUGUUAUUAAUUAGUUUGUUAGAGUCCUUGAUUGUAUGGUAUUGUUGAAGAAGUUGCGAGGAUCUUAGGUAGUCUUUUCGAAAUCUUUUGUGUGUGUGGCUUUCUUUAGAGCCUAAAAAUAAGUUGGUAGAACAUGCAAUAGUAGUAAUGUAUGUGGCUACUAGACCCUUUUAAUUUGUUUGUGUAUUCA